GCUCUUGCUGCACUCUUCUACCGGAGUUCCUGGCUCGCAGUGUCCCCCUGCUGGGCAUUCAGCGCCGUGCAGAGACGUGCGGAAGGCAAGAGCAGUGACAAUGAGAAGCGCGGCUAUCAGUUUGGCGAUCUCUUCAUCAAUAAGCUGACCGGCAAGGACAAAUACGAGUUCGGUGACCUGUCCAGAUUUGUUGGGGGCAAGCUUCAGGAAGCCGUCGGCAACUUCACCGGCAAGGACAACUACGAGUUCGGCGACAUUUCCAGGUCUUUGGAUGCGAGAGCAAAAGCCGAAGUAUGCAAAGUCACUGGCAAGGAUGUCUACGAGCUGGGCGACCUCAGCAAAUACCUGGACGCACAAGCGAAACAGCAGGUUACGAAAAUCACAGGGAAAGAGUCCUACGAGUUUGGCGACAUCUCGCGUGAGAUUGCCAGGAGAGUACAGGAGUCGGAAGUCGUGGAUGAAGAGGAUCUGCGACUCCUGCUUCAGGCGGUGGUUGCGUUAGGAGUGGGUCUGACGCCAGUGGCGCACCUCCUCCCUGUGCAACUGCUGCUGAGUUUGUACACAACCAGCGUGGAGGUGGAACUGGGCAACCGGGUGACGUUGAAGCUCACUGGCGCCCUAGCGCAGGAGUUGGAUCGCAGAGCCAAAGGCGUUCUUCUGGGCAAAGGCAACGAAGAUUACGUGCUUGGAGACUUGACGAAAGCCCAGAUACAGCGCAGCGUGGCCUCCCUGACUGGCAAGGAUAGCUACGAGUUCGGUGACAUCAGCCGCGCUCUCCUCCGACAGAUUCAGCAGAGACGAGGGCCUGCCUAA